AUGGAAAACGAUCAGGGUGUUCUUGUUGACCUUUACGUCCCUCGCAAAUGCUCGGCAACCAAUCGGCUCAUAACAUCGAAGGAUCAUGCUUCUGUUCAAAUUAGCAUUGCGGACGUUGAUAGUAACGGUCUUGCACUAAACACCACUACCACUUUUGCCCUCUGUGGCCAGGUCCGCUCGCAAGGAGAGAGCGAUGAUUCUCUCAACAGACUGGCGACCAAAGCAGGCCGUACGCUUACAUAUUUUCAUCCAAGUGCUGUAUGA